CAUGGGAGAUCUUGGAAAAUCCUCAAACACAAAACUGUCCAGACAGAAAACCGUUUAUGUAAAAGACAUCUGCAAAACCUACAAAUCCCUCCUCCAGAAAUGGCACUCCGACGGGCACCCGGCCUCCCCAAAGGACCACGAUAAGUUCAGCAUUUCGGGACCAAAGCUCCUCUCCCGCACCGUCAGCACCAACACCAACGCCGCCCCCAUCACCCCCCGCAACAACAAUCCAUCCAGAAACUCCCCCGCCGCCGGCGCCGGCGACGACUUCACCAUUUCCAGCCCUACGCUCCUCGUACGGACAACCAGCCAGAUCACACCACUCCCGGCGGCCAACCACCUUAAUCAAUCCAAAAAUUAUUUCAACAAAACAACUCCCAAUCCGCCGCCAAUCGACGACGGCGAGGAGCUCCACAUUUCAAGCCCCACCCUGGUGGCGCGGACCACGAGCCGGAUCAGCGGCGGCGCGUUGGCGACCGGAUCGAGCCGAAAAGCCAACAGCCCCACCGUCGAUCACGAUCAUGGCUCAGCCGGUUCGACCACGCCGAAAAUGGCGAGCCCGGUGAUGACGAUGCCGAUAUUCUUCUCCCAAUCCGGCACGCGGCGCAAGCCGCCGCCGGUCGAGAAGAAGCUCGACUGCAGCCUGGAGGAGCUCUGCUUCGGAUGCGUGAAGAAGAUCAACAUCACCAGGGACGCCCUGUCAACCAACGGAUUGAUGAUUCAAGAGGAGGAGGUUCUGACGAUAAAAGUGGAGGGGGGGUGGCGGAAGGGGACGAGAAUCGUGUUCGAAGGGAAGGGGGGCGAGCGGCCGGGGAAUCUUCCGGCGGACGUGGUGUUCGAGGUCCAGGAGAGGCCGCACCCGCUGUACAAGCGUCGAGGGGACGACCUGGAGCUGGGAGUGGAGGUCCCGCUCCUGGACGCGCUACUGGGGUGCGCCAUGUCGGUGCCAUUGCUGGGCGGGGGCCACACCGACCUGACCCUCGAUGACGUCAUUAUAUGUCCCGGAUACGAAACCAGCAUCGCCGGGCAGGGCAUGCCCGUUGCGAAUCAGAAGAAGAAAAGAGGGGACCUCAGGCUCAAGUUUGAUGUAGAAUUCCCUGCUCACCUCACUCUGGACCAGAGGUCCCAAGUUGCCUCUGUAUUAGAACAAUGCGACUAUAAUUAA